GCGGUAGAUUGGACGACGGCUCCGAUGUCGAAUCAGAACCGGAUCUUCCCUUGAAGCGCAAACAACGCCGGAGUAGGACCACUUUCACAGCCGAACAGCUGGAAGAGUUGGAAAAGGCCUUUGAAAGGACCCACUACCCAGACAUUUACACUCGAGAAGAGCUGGCCCAGCGGACCAAGCUGACCGAGGCCCGCGUCCAGGUGUGGUUCAGCAAUCGGAGAGCCCGUUGGCGCAAGCAGGCUGGCGCCAACCAGCUGGCCGCUUUCAAUCACCUUCUGCCCGGCGGCUUCCCCCCAACCGGCAUGCCAACGUUGCCACCUUACCAGCUGCCCGAUUCGACGUAUCCGACCACCACUCUCUCCCAAGACGGAGGCAGCACCGUACACCGGCCCCAGCCUCUCCCACCUUCCACCAUGCACCAGGGGGGCCUGUCCGCAGCCACCCCCGACUCCAGCUCCGCCUACGGUGCCCGGCACAGUUUCUCCAGCUACUCGGACAGCUUCAUGAACCCCAGCGCUCCAGCCAACCACAUGAACCCCGUCAGCAACGGCCUGUCUCCACAG